AUGCAAAGACUAUACAAUUUUGAGGAUGGUAGUGUAUAUGAGGGAUAAUGGUCUAAUAAUAAAUAGAAUGGGCAAGGGAAAUAGAUCUAUCCUGAUGGCAGUUCUUAUGAUGGGAAUUGGAGUAAUGGUAUGAAGAAUGGGAAAGGGAUUUACAAUUAUUCUGAUGGUAGCUAGUAUUCUGGAAUGUGGAAGGAUGAUCAAAAGCAUGGUGUAGGGAAAUAUAAAUAUAAAGAUGGGAGUUAUUACGAUGGUGAAUGGCAAAAGAAUGUUUAACAAGGAGAUGGAAAGUUUGUCAAUGUUGAUAAUAGUUAAUAUGAAGGGCAAUGGGUUAAUGGUAAGAAACAUGGACAUGGGAGAUACUAUUAUGUUGAUGGAAGCUUUUAUGAAGGAAAAUGGGAAAAUGGUUAAAAGAAUGGAUUGGGAAAGAUGUAAUAUAAAAAUGGAAGUUUUUAUAAAGGAUUAUGGAAGAAUGAUCAAAAGAACGGAAAAGGAAUCUAUAAAUAAUUAGAUCGAAGUUGUUACGAAGGAGAAUGGUUCAAUAAUAAGUAGAAUGGUUUUGGUAAACAAACUUACUAAGAUGGGAGUAUUUAUGAGGGUGANAUUUGUUUCCAAAUCGAUUGGGGUGUAGUUUGA